UUGAGUGUUUGUCUGAAACUGACAUCUAGUAGACAUUUCAUUAUGUACAGACUCACAGACACACACGUUUUACACGUCACUCAAACACAAACAUAAACACAGGAAACCAGAAUCACAUGACUUAAAGGAAAGAGAAACUGAAGUGUAGUUGAGCUGUUCUGUGUUGUGUCUCUGUAUUCAUGCAGUAAAAUGGCAGAAGCCAGCUUUUCUCAGGAUGAGUUCAUUUGUCCAGUGUGUCUGGAUCUCCUGAAGGAUCCAGUGACCAUCCAGUGUGGACACAGUUACUGUAAGAGUUGUAUUACAGACUACUGGGAUCAGGAGGGUCAGAUGAGAGUCUACAGCUGUCCUCAGUGCAGAGAGACCUUCUGUCCAAGACCUGCUAUAGCUAAAAACACCAUGCUGGCUGAACUGGUGAAGAAACUGAAGAAGAGGAAAUGUCCUGCUGACUAUGACGCUGGAGCUGGAGAUGUGCGGUGUGAUGUCUGUGCCGGAAGAAAAUACAAAGCUGUCAAAUCCUGUCUGAUGUGUCUGAACUCUUACUGUCAGAAUCACCUUGAACAACACGAGAGUUGGUUUAAAGGAAAGAGACACAAUUUGACUGAGCCCACUGGACGACUGCAGGAGAUGAUCUGCCAGAAACAUGAGAAGCUUCUUGAGGUUUUCUGUCGCACAGAUCAGAAAUGUAUAUGUGUACUGUGUAUGGAUGACCAUAAAAACCACAACACUGUAUCAGCUGCAGCACAGAGGACAGAGAAACAGAAGCAGCUGAAGGAGACACAGAAGACGUUCCAGCAGAGAAUAGAGCAGAGAGAGAAAGAUCUCCAGCAGCUGAGAGAGACUCUGGAGUCUCAUAAGCGCUCUGCACAGACAGCAGUGGAGGACAGUGAGAGGAUCUUUACUGAGCUCAUCUGCUCCAUUGAGAGCAGCCGCUCUGAGCUGAUACGACUGAUCAGAGAUCAGGAAAAGACUGCAGUUAGUCGAGCUGAAGGACGACUGGAGCGACUGGAGCAGGAGAUCAAUGAUCUGAGGAGGAGAGACGCUGAGCUGGAGCAGCUUUCACACACACAGGAUCACAUCCAGUUCCUGCAGAGUUUCCAGUCUCUCUCAGCACCUCCUGAAUCUACAGACGUAAAUGAAGAUCCCUUCAGUUCUCUCGUCUCUUCUGAUGGUCUGAGAGAAUCUGUCCAUCAGCUGAGAGACAAACUGGAGAAUUUCUGCAAAGAGCAGCUCAAGAAGAUCUCAGACAGAGUCACAAUCACCAACAUUGUUCCCAGAACCAGGAACGACUUCCUACAAUAUUCCCGUCAGUUCACUCUGGAUUUGAACACAGUGAAUAAAAACCUCCGUCUCUCUGGGAGGAACAAAGUGAUUGCUGUCAGUAGAACCGUCCACCCGUAUCCUGAUCAUCCAGACAGAUUUGAUAGUCAUUCUCAGGUGUUGUGUAAUGAGUGUGUAUAUGGACGCUGUUACUGGGAGCUCGAGUGGAGUGGACGUGUAUUUACAUCAGUGUCAUAUAAGAGCAUCAGCAGGAAGGAAUUGGGUAAUAAAGGUUUGUUUGGAUCUAAUGAUCAGUCCUGGAGUUUGUACAGCACUCCCUCCAAUUACUAUUUCAAACACAAUAACACAUGGACUGAUCUCCCUGUAGAGUCCAUCAGCAGUAGAAUAGGAGUGUUUGUGGAUCACAGAGCAGGAACUCUGUCCUUCUACAGCAUCUCUGACACAAUGAGCCUCAUCCACACAGUCCAGACAACAUUCACUCAGCCGCUCUAUCCUGGGUUUGGUGUUUGCUCUGGAUCAUCAGUGAAACUGUGUUGAUGAAUCAGAAUAAAUUGAUGAGAGAUUCUACCCAUAAUGCUUCGAGCUGCAUGAUAAAUCAGUAACAGUAGAUGUUAUAGAGUCUCUUCUUUUCUCUUCAAGACAUUAAUACAGCAGCUGAACUUUUAUCACUGAAAUAACAUGAAUCAGAAUAAAUGUGUGUAUUAAAUCCUCAAAUAGACAGUAAGAUCAGUGUGUGAGUCCUGGUGAGUGACAAUGUUUCUCUAUGCCUUUCUCUUCCUCUUUAUGUGUUGAUUGAAAUCAGUCAUUUAGUUUUUAAUGUAGAGUCACAUCAGUUAUUUUUUUUUUUGCUUUAUUAUUGCUAUCAUUAGCUUUCAAUUCAGAUGAUCACAGUCAAUAAAUAAUUUAAUUAUUCAGCUCAUGUUUCAACAUUUUUCAGUGUUUUUGUGUUCUUCUGUCUUCCGAUGUCAUGAGCAACUGAUUUUAUUGCCAUGCUUUUUUAUG